ACCCCAAUCUUACACCUCUGGGUCCACAGAAAUCUGGGUCCACAAAACUGUGAGACAAAAAAGUUGCCUCAUACAACUAAUUUCAGUCGUAUUAGACACAAAAUAAAAUUUUCCGUAUGUUUCCUGUUGUAUCUCACUCUGUAAUUUUUCUGCCUUUUUGUCACUAGAAAAAUGUAUGGAACCUAUUGUGUUAGACAAAUUACUGACUAUUGUAAUGAAACAAGUAUAAAUGGAAUAGAAUAGAUAUUGAGAAUUGGUGCCCUGAAGACUUUGGUUCAGUGGUUAGAGGCAGCAGCGGCGGAGCCAUGAUUUCGAUUCAAAAUAUAAAAAAAGUAAACACACAAAAAAGGAGCCUAGUGCACAAGGCAUCCCGCGUUCACAUUGGGUUCGCGGAAGCGCUGCACCCCAAGGGGUGUAAUGUAAACAGCCUAUCAUGAUGCAAGCAUUAGUGGCUGCUUCCACGGCAUGAACCCGUGACCUAUACGGAGACAACUCGAACCCAUGACCUAUAGAUCCUCAAAAUUUCUCAGUUACACCAAAAAAGAAAAAGGAAAAAGAUACUGAGGGUUGGUACAGCUUACUCCUAGAAGUUUGGGAUUGAAGUGUUAUUGGUUGCAAAUACUCAUAUAUCCAUUGCUGUUUCUUCAAUGACUUUUUUCCUUCUAAGUUGUGCUGUUUUUUCUUUCACUUUUUGGCUUCAUUAAGGUCUGUUGGGAAUAAAGGAAACUGAUUCCUGGGGAUGGAUAGAAAAGCAUAAGAAUACCAUCUUUGAAGUGAAAAUGGUAUCUGAGUAAGAUUAGAUUCUUUGGAGGAUCAAUUGAAGGGGUUAAAUUGUAAAAACUAGGUGUGUCGCAUUUAAUCUUUGGGUGUAGAAGGCGAAGUGGUUGGAUGAACAGUGAUGUUGAAACGAAACCAGAAAGUGUAUGCUUGUCAAUUUUAGGCAGUCAAACUUAUAAAGCUUCAGAAGAGUGGAAUGCUCCAAAACCCAGGCACUCACGUCUUCUGAAGAGUGCUCUACAACGCCAAACUUCAUCUAAAGAACAGUCUGACCUUUGGAUGCCUUUGGCCUACCAAGGAUGGAAACCCUGUACUGAAUCUGUCACCGCCUCUUCACUACCUGAAAAAUCUGAGGGAUACAUUCAAGUGUUCCUCGAUGGAGGAUUAAAUCAACAAAGGAUGGCGAUCUGUGAUGCAGUUGUUGUUGCCAAGAUCCUGAAUGCUACACUUGUGAUCCCUUAUUUGGAAGUAAAUCCUGUUUGGCAAGAUUCAAGUACAUUCAAGGAUAUCUUUGAUGUCGAUCAUUUCAUCAAUGUAUUGAAAGAUGAUAUAGCAAUAGUUAAAGAGCUGCCCGAUGAAUUCUCUUGGAGCACACGAGAGUAUUAUGCAACUGCUGUUCGACCUACCAGAAUCAAGACAGCACCAGUUCAUGCUUCGACAAACUGGUAUUUGGACAAUGUAUUGCCUGUCCUGCAGAGUUAUGGGAUUGCUGCCAUAGCACCAUUUUCUCACCGACUGACAUUCGACAACUUGCCUAAGUACCUCCAACACCUUCGAUGUAAAGUGAACUUUCAAGCACUAGCCUUUGUUCCUCACAUAAGACAUCUUGGAGAUGUCCUUCUCAGUCGCCUCAGAGAUCCUUCUGCGAAAGGUGGUAGUAAUUACCUGAGAGAGGUUAGUGAGAAGUACAAGCUAGGAGCAGGGAAGUUUGUUGUUCUGCACCUCCGCUUUGACAAGGAUAUGGCUGCACACUCAGCGUGUGAUUUUGGUGGUGGAAAGGCUGAAAAACUGGCAUUAGCCAAAUACAGGCAAGUGAUUUGGCAGGGAAGAGUCCUAAACUCUCAAUUUACUGAUGAAGAGUUGAGAAGUCAAGGACGGUGCCCGUUGACUCCAGAAGAAAUUGGAUUACUGCUGGCAGCUUUGGGAUUUGACAACAGCACUCGAUUAUAUCUUGCCUCCCAUAAGGUUUAUGGUGGGGAAGCUCGGAUCUCAACUCUGAGAAGUUUGUUUCCGCUGAUGGAAGACAAAAGGAGCCUUGCUUCUUCAGAUGAAAGAGCUCUUAUUAAAGGGAAGGCUUCCUUACUGGCUGCGGUUGAUUAUUAUGUCAGCAUGCACAGUGAUAUUUUCAUUUCCGCGUCCCAAGGAAAUAUGCACAAUGCGAUGGUGGGGCAUCGAACUUAUUAUAAUCUGAAGACAAUAAGGCUUAACAUGGCCUUAUUAGGCCAGCUUUUCCUGAAUAAAACCCUUAGUUGGCCAGAGUUCAAAGAGGCAGUUGUGGAAGGACACAAGAACCGACAAGGGCAGAUCAGACUUCGCAAACCUAAUCAAUCUCUGUAUACGUAUCCUGCUCCUGAUUGCAGUGGCGGAUCUAGAGUGCAGCUACCGGGUUCCCGGGAACCCAGUAGCUUUUGCGUAGACCCUAUAUUUCUAUUAAAAAUCCACCAAAUAUUUAUGAAUAUCUAACUGUGAACCCAGUUAUUAUUGUAUAUUAAUCUGAGAAUAUAACAGGAACCCAUAUACUUUAAAUCCUGGAUCCGCCUCUGCCUGAUUGCAUGUGCCAGGGUUGAGUGUGCCUUUACAGUAUCUUUGCUGAUAUUAGGUUACCUUUCGUGCCUCCAAUGUUAAAAUUAAAGCCUGACCCCUUUAUCUAUAGAUAUAUUUAUGUUACCACAUGAGAGUUACUGUUCUUGCGCAAUAUGUAUUACAAUUUGGUAUUAGUCCUGUCAUGACCAUGAUACAGAGA